CAGUUGUGAGAGAGAGAGGGAGGGAGGGAGGGAGGAGAGAGAGGCACGCAGAAGCUUCCAAGGGACUCAUUCAUCGUCCAAUUCAAGAACGAGCUGUGAUGACUUCGAAUGGCUGAAUGAGUAAGAGAUUUGUUUGGAGCGCGAAAGGUUCGGCUCUAGCGCUUCUGAAGCAUUUCUGGGUUCGCCUCCGCUCCCUUGUUUAGUGUCGGUGUUGGUACAUUUCUGUAACCGGAGGUUCGGGCUGUACUUUUUUUCUUUCGAGUCCUGAAUCGAAUGAGAAAAGUUUGGAUUUUGCUGGGCUCAGUCUAUGUGGCUUGGAGCUCGUGAAUCGUUGUUUCUUUUGGAGAUUGUGAUCUGUCAUUGCUUUUUUUUUUUUGGGAGCUGAUCUGGGUUCUCUCAUAACGUUGCCCUUCUUGGUUCAUCUGGGUUAGUAAAGCUCCGUCGCUCCCCAGAACUGUGCUCUACUACUCUUUAUUGGCUGAUACUGAUGGUCUUCCUGUGACUCUGAGUGGCAAGAGUCUGGUGAUUCUGUUUGUGGUUUUGGGUUUGGCUCAAGAAUUGAUUUAGGCACUUGGGUUGUCCUCAAAAUCUGAUCUUCUUAGCUGGGAAGGGAAAUGUGGAGGUGUCCAAUGUGUUAAUGGAAUCCUCAAGAUUUUGACAUGAUUUGUGAAACUGGAGAUUGAUUGAUCUGUUGUCUGGGUUGUGCUGAUCUCAGAGAUGGCAAGUACUUCGCCAUCUCCGGAUGAAUCCCCCUCCACCGUGCCCCCACCAGCAACUACCAUCUCUCCACCGCCACAGCCUUCCUCUCCUCCACCACCUCCAGCUAACUCCCCCGCUACACCUGAUGCGAAUCCACCUGACUCCACCACCCCUUCAACCUUAUCACCACCGCCUCAGACUCCUCCAGUGACGCCAUCCCCUCUGCCGUCGGCACCGCCUCCUAAUACUAGUAGUACUUCAUCUCCACCUUCAUCUUCCCAAGCUCCACCCCCCUCAACUCCUUCCCCGUCAUCAUCAGAUCCUCCAGCAAGUCCGGCCCCGCCUUCGCCUCCUCCUCCUCCUCCUCCUCCAACUUCCCCACCGUCACCUAGUCCACCAGUUACUCCUUCGCCACCUGUCGCUACUCCUCCGACGAGAUUGCCUCCACCACCACCUCCACCAUCAGUGCCGCCACCGCGUUCACCACCUCCACCAUCAACUCCACCACCUGAGAUUUCACCUCCACCGCAACCGGCUGCAGAACCACCUAGUUCACCUCCACCACCAACAGAACCUCCUAGUUCACCUCUGCGGCCUUCUACAAAACCCCCUGAAAGUCCACCUUCGCCACCACCACUGCCACCAUCCAAUCCCCCUGAAAAUUCGCCGCUGCCGCCAUCAUCGCCACCAUCAAGUCCACCUCUAAGUUCACCUCCACCCCCAUCACCUGUGUCGCCCUCACCCAAAAGUUCACCUCCACGACCAACCUCAAAUCCAUCAAAAGGCUCACCUUCCCCUCUGGCAUCAGUUCCUCCGGCUAAACCACCUCUACCUCCUAGGGUUAGUUCCCCACCUCCCAGUUCUCCACCAACUCCGCCUUCUAAUUCUCCUCCAAUCUCAGCACCUCCACCUUCUCUGUCAGGUCUUUCUCCACCUCCCACUCCUGUCCCUUCAACCCCUUCUUCUACUGGUCCAACUGCAAGCAACAAUACUAAUUCAACUUCCAAUUUCAAUCACAAAGGGAAUUCUGGUUCUGGAAUAGGAACAGUUGGCACAGUGGCUAUUGUUACGGUAGUGGGAUUCAUCCUCAUCAGCCUUAUUGGAUUUGCUGUCUGGUGCAUAAGAAAACGAACGAAAAAGGUGACUAGACUUACUGGAGUCUACAUCGUGCCAUCACCCGGGGCCUCUUCCCCUGGAACAGAUUCAUCUGUUAUCAAGACACAUUCUGCUGCACCCCUCCUCGGAAGUAGUUCGGGGAGUGAUGCUUACUCGCUAAAGGAGCAGGGGGGGAUUGGAAAUUCCAGGGCAUGGUUUACGUAUGAAGAGCUGGUCAAGGCUACCGAUUGUUUUUUAUCUCAAAAUCUAUUGGGUGAGGGUGGCUUUGGUGCUGUCUAUAAAGGAUUCCUUCCAGAUGGGAGAGAGAUAGCUGUAAAGCAGCUAAAAGUUGGUGGUGGGCAAGGGGAUCGAGAAUUUAAAGCUGAAGUUGAAAUCAUCAGUCGCAUUCACCAUCGCCAUCUGGUGUCGUUAGUCGGGUACUGCAUUGCUGACACCAGAAGGUUGCUUGUGUAUGACUAUGUGCCUAAUAAUACCCUCUACUUUCAUCUUCAUGGAGAAGGUAGGCCAGUGCUGGACUGGGCAACACGUGUUAAGAUUGCUGCUGGCGCUGCUCGUGGAUUAGCUUACCUUCAUGAAGACUGCCAUCCUCGUAUUAUCCAUAGAGACAUCAAGUCGUCAAACAUUCUUCUAGAUAAUAACUUCGAAUCUCGGGUAUCAGACUUUGGACUUGCCAAAUUAGCUCUUGAUGCAGAUACACAUAUCACUACACGUGUGAUGGGAACUUUCGGAUACAUGGCUCCUGAAUAUGCAUCAAGUGGCAAAUUGACCGAGAAAUCUGAUGUUUUCUCUUUCGGAGUUGUGCUUCUGGAGCUGAUAACUGGACGGAAGCCUGUGGAUGCAUCACAACCCUUGGGAGAUGAGAGUUUAGUUGAAUGGGCUCGACCUUUACUGAGCCAUGCACUUGAUAAUGAAGAAUUUGAGGCUUUGGCAGAUCCAAAGCUUGAAAGAAAUUAUGUUGAAGCUGAAAUUUUCCGGAUGAUGGAAGCUGCAGCUGCUUGUGUGCGACAUUCAGCUGCCAAGAGACCUCGUAUGGGACAGAUUGUGAGAGCAUUUGAUAGUUUGGCUGCUUCCGACUUAACCAAUGGAAUGAGACUAGGAGAGAGCGAGCUGUUUAAUUCCGCUCAACAAUCUGCAGAAAUCAGAUUGUUUGAGAGGAUGGCUUUUGGCAGCCAAGAUUACAGUACAGAAUUCUUUAGCCGGAGUAGCUCGAAUAGUUGAAGGACGGUUUUGGUAAAUAUUGUGAGAGGAUUGCAUCAAGAGAGUUUGUCUUGUCUGAGCUGUGGCUCUUAAGAGCUUGUCUGCUGGUAAAGGGCAAAACUCACUCUCUUGGACCUGUAAGUAGGUUUCUUCAUAAAGUCGAGUGGUGCACUGCCUUACUGCAAUUUUUUUAGGGUAGCCAGUAGUAUUGCAUAUCUUCUAUUGCCACCGAGGUUUAGGGUGGUGUGAAAAUCUCAUUGAUUCAAUUUUGUUCAUUGUAUUCAAAUUCAAACUCGUGUAAUUAAUCUCCACAAUAUCUUACUGCGUCCCUGUGCU